AUGGUAGCUCGCUCUGCUGGCCAAAAUGUCCCGUCAUUCUAUGCCGGUUCGGAUGUGUUCAUUACGGGCGGUACCGGAUUUAUGGGCAAGGUGCUGAUCGAGAAGCUGCUCCGGUGCUGUCCGGACGUUGGCCGCGUGUUCGUGCUGAUGCGUUGCAAGCGGGGCAAAACACCCGAGGCCCGGGUACAGGAGCUGACCAAUAAUCCACUUUUCAAGUGUUUGAAGAUGCAAAACCCAACGACGUUAGUCAAGUUGGUUCCGAUUUUCGGCGAUUGCAUGCAGUUACGGCUUGGAAUGUCCGACGAGGAUAUUAACCAGUUGAGAAGUGUUUCGGUCGUAUUUCAUUUGGCUGCCAGUGUGCGGUUCGAUGAUCCGCUUAAGGACGCCAUACUGACCAACGUACUGUCAACGAGGGAGAUUCUGGAAAUUUGCAAAGGACUGCCAAGGCUGAAAGCGAUGGUUCACGUAUCUACGGCGUACAGUAAUCCGGAACAACGCAACGUAGAAGAAAGGUUAUAUCCACCGAAGGCUGACUGGCGAAAGAUGUUAGAAUGUGCUUUAAAAUUUGAUCAUAACGUUUUAGACAUUUUAACAGAUAAGAUCACGAAUUUCGCUCCCAACACCUACACGUUUACGAAGGGUUUAGCGGAACAGGUUUGCUUGGAAUACCAAGACCAACUCCCGUUGGUCAUUUUUCGACCGUCCGUUGUGGUCAAUACCAUCGAUGAACCCCUGGUCGGCUGGAUCGACAACCUAAACGGACCGUCUGGAAUGCUGGUAGGUGCCGGAACGGGAGUCGUUCGAACGGAUUUGAUGCCCCUCGAAAACCGUGUCAAUGCUAUACCUGCGGACAUUUGCAUCAAGGCACUGAUACUGGCCGCGUGGCGACGUGGUACAAUAGAGGCAGCCCUGCGACAGAACUAUCUUCCCGUGUACAAUAGCGCUGUUGAGGGUGAACACACGUGGCAGUAUCAGAAGGUACUGGACUGUGGCAAAACAAACAUGACUAAACUGGUGACAAACCGGCUACUGUGGGUCCCCGGCGGAUCUGCGACUACGUGGCGCAUCAAAUAUUACCUGAUGGUACUGUUGGUGCACAUAUUUCCAGCUAUGCUGGUUGAUGGCUUAUGUUUGAUAGCUGGAAAAUCACCAUUUUUGUUAAAAAUACAACGAAAAGUGUUCCUUGCGCAAGCUUCGCUGCGGUACUUCUCCUACAAUCAGUGGGAUUUUGAAACGAAGCGGGUUCGGUCGCUGAGAGACGACUUGAAGGGCAAAGAUAUCGACAACUUUAGCUGGCACCUAUCAGAGCAGCGAAUUGAGCAGUUCUACUACGAUUGCUGGAUGGGCGUACGGCGAUAUCUGCUGAAUGAUCCCGACGAAACGUUACCGCAAGCCAUCCGCAAGGUUCACCGAUUGAUUGUGAUCGAUCGGUUGUUGAAAAUCAGCCUCUGUCUACUGAUGGCUUGGGUCGUGUGGAAAAGUUCCAUCUUCCGAAAUCUGGAAACCCACCUGGUACGGUUUAGCCAACGAUGAUGACGGCA